AUUCCUUUCAAGUUCCAACCACAACCUAAUUAAAGUACCCAACUUAUUUCUCUGGAUCUCUUUAGUACAAACAUGGCAUCAUCACUUAAGAUAUUCUCCGCAGUUCUUUUCCUCUUCAUUAUUUGCCAACAGGGUAAGAGUUACAAAUGUGGUGUAUCAGACAUAAAAGUAACAACAGAAAGAACAAGAAACAUAGUAGAAGGUCAACCAGAAUAUGCAGUUACAAUUAGCAACAACUGCUCGUGUGCUCAAUCUGGUGUUUACUUGAGAUGCCUUGGUUUUAGCACUGUGUUGCCUGUUAAUCCAAAGGUUAUGAAGGUGAAGGGUGAUAGUUGCCUGAUCAAUAAUGGUCGUCCGAUCGUCAAAGGAAAACCAGUUAGCUUCAAGUAUUCUUUUUUAACACCAACUGAUUUGGCUCCUCAGAGAUCUCAAAUUUCUUGUUGAUCAGUGGUGGAUUUUGAACUAUUUUCUAAGGGGUGUAAAGAGAGUACUCACAAAAUAUUACUUAUAAUAUUAGAAAAGUGAAAUAAAAACUUUGUAUGUUAUUACGUACGCAAAUAGUAUCGUGAUAAACUAAUAAUAACUUCUAUUAUUGGCAAUUUUGUAGUCUCACUAAUUUUGAAAAGAGCAGAAAUUAGACUGCAAAAUUAUAACGCUCAUGUACUAUCCCAAGACGUUUGAUAUGCAGAAUGGGAAUUUAGAAUUUUACGAUAAUAUAUUGUGUGGCGGUCUAAAAGAGUAAGGUUAUCCGCACUUGUUCUA